GAACUAUCUUGUCAGUGUUUCCUCUUUGGUUGUACUUUAACCACACUGCAGGCUGCAGCAUUCAUCUUUCCCUGCACCGUCAACACACUGCUGACACUUUUACCGUCCAGCACAGACAUGGCAGAGAUCAGCAACACUGAGAAGGUGCAGCUGCACGCUCCAGACUUAGAGGAACUUCGUGGUGUGUUACAAACAGGACUGGAAGACAACUUUGCUGAAGUUCAGGUGAAUGUUGUGGAGUGUCCGGAUCUCUCCAAAGAGCCCUUCCAGUUUCCUGUCAAGGGCUUGUGUGGAAAUCCUCGCAUCACGGAUGUCGGCGGCGUGCCGUACCUGGUCCCCCUGGUUCAGAAGCACAAGGAAUACGACAUGAACAGCGUAUCGAAGGAGGUGGAGCUGCCAGGAGCCUUCAUCCUCGGUGCAGCCGGUGCUCCUUCCAGGAUUGUUGGAAUGAAUGCAGAGCUGAUGCCUCUGUGUCUGACUGAGGCGGAGGGAAAGCCUGCGGUGAACAGCAGCUACAUGUCCUCCAUCAAUCCAGCUGAUGGCCAGUGUCUGCAGGAGAAAUACAGUGACAGAUUCUCUGGCUGCAGCUUCGGACUGCUGGGCAAUCUGUACGCUUGCGAAGGGAAGUCUGGAAAGGUCUUAGAGGUGCGAGCCAAGAAGAGAACAGGAGGCCACAGUCUUGUGACGGCCUUGAGGAAAACUCUGGAAGGUCACUACCCUGAGAAAAGCCUCGCUCUGGGAGGCACCUUCAUCAUCCAGAAGGGGAAAGCUAAAAUCCACAUCAUGCCAAGAGAGUUCUCAGCGUGCCCCCUCAACACCAACGAUGACGUCAACAACUGGCUGAAGCACUUUGAGGUUAGCGCCCCGCUCAUCUGCCAGUCAGUGCUGGUCUCCAGAGACCCCGGUCUGGACCUGCGUGUGGAGCACACCCACUGCUUCAGCCAUCACGGAGAAGGUGGACACUACUACAUAGACACCACACCUGACAGCGUGGAGUACCUGGGUUACUUCAUGCCUGCAGAGUUUGUCUACCGUAUCGACAGGCCCGUGGAUACCCAUGGAGUCGGACGGGACUGAAAAAUGAAUGAAUGAAUGAAUGUUUGCAGUAGAAGCAAAUCAUUUUGACAGAUUGUGAUAAGAACUGUGAUUUGAAUGGAAAUGGUCAGUUGAGCAUUUCAUUGCCUCUGAACGAAAUCUAUAAAAUGAUGAUGUGACUUUUGCUGGUGUGUGUAACAAACAAACACGUUCCCUCAUGUUUAUGAGCUGCAGCACCACAUACUGUAAAGGUAUGUUCUGAAACGCAAAUUUGGAUAGUGCACUUGGUUAUAUUGCAGUUUCAACAAUACUUUGACUAAUUGUUAAGCAUCUCCAGAUAACCUAAAUGAAGUGUGUGAUUUAUAUUAAUUUUUUUUGUAUUACAAAUCUGAAUGAAUGUUUGCUAUGAAAUAACUGCAUUAUGAACAAAAUCACUACAUCU